AUGGUUCUCAGCAAGCUCGCUGGCCUCUUCACGGCCCUCGCCGCCGUCGGACAGGUUGCUGGCCACGGCUACGUGUCCAACAUCAUCAUCAACGGCGUCUCGUACACCAACUACAACCCCAACAGCGAUUGGUACCAGCCUCCUGCCAGCCGCCCCGUCCGUGCCGGCUGGGCUGCUGAGCAGAUGGAUCUCGGCUUCGUUGCCCCCAACGCCUAUGGAUCCCCCGAUAUCAUCUGCCAUCGUCAGGCCACCCCCGGCCAGGGCCAUAUCCGCGUCGCCGCCGGCGAUGUCAUCACCCUCCAGUGGACUGACUGGCCCGAGUCGCACAAGGGCCCCGUCUUCGACCACCUGGCUCGUUGCGACGGCCACUGCUCGACCGCCAACAAGCAGGACCUCCGCUGGUUCAAGAUUGACGGUGCCGGCCUUGUCUCGGCCCCCAACACCUUCGCUGCCGAUCUCCUGGUCCAGAACAGCGACCAGUGGUCCGUCCGCAUCCCCUCCAACGUUGCCCCGGGCCACUACGUCCUCCGCCACGAGAUCCUGGCUCUCCACUCCGCCAGCCAGCCUAACGGUGCCCAGUCGUACCCCCAGUGCAUCAACCUCGAGAUCACUGGCUCCGGCUCCUCCACCUUCCCCGGCACUGCCGGCACCCAGCUCCUGUCCCCCAACGAGGCCGGCGUCGUCUUCAACGUCUGGGCCCCGGUCUCCAGCUACCCCGUUCCCGGCGGUGCCAUCGUUCAGGGCGGCACCAGCAUGAUCCCCCAGUCCGUUGUCCGGGCCACCGCCACCGGCACCGUUACCCCGGCCGGUCAGGCUACUCCUCCCCCCGGCCCCCCUCCUACCAACCCCCCUCCCACCAACCCUCCUCCCACCAACCCUCCUCCUACCAACCCUCCUCCCACCAACCCUCCUCCUACCAACCCUCCCCCCUCCUCCGGCGGCGCUCCUCACUGGGGCCAGUGCGGUGGCCAGGGCUGGCCGGGCCCCCACACCUGCCAGUCGGGCGCUACCUGCACUCCUCUUAACGACUACUACCACCAGUGCAUUCCCAACUAA